AUCACUCCGUGUUUGUGAAUGGAUGGGCAGUGUUACGAUGUUUCCAGCGUGUUUCUCUCUCUGUGUGUUUGUAACGCUGAUGGAUGAAUUCAGAAACUACAGAAAGUUUUCACGGGACUCAAACCUUCAACCCUGAGAAACUUUAAAGGACACGAGACCGCGCGCACGAGGAUUUUCACUUCGCAAUCUGUAUGAACGUCAAACUGCGUUUAAUAAACACAACAGCAAACGCGUGCGCGAGUGAGUGAGUGGGAUUUGUGUUUUUUAUUGAGGUUGCUGCUCGAGGAACUUUGAAAUUGUGAUUUUCUGACAGUCUGAAGAAGACAUCCUGAAGUUUCAAAGUACGGCACGAUUCAUUGUAACAAACGUGAAGACACAUUCGAGUUGAUACAUAGUCAGUAUUUUGUUUUUGUUGUUUUAUUUAUCAUAUUACUUCCCAAUUGGAAUUUGAGGAAAACCAUAAUACCAUCGAUGGAGUGAGCUGUUUAUUUCAUCAUUACAGUCAAGUGCCUCAUUAAGGUGGGGUAUGUGUGAUGGUAUGUGAGUGUUUACCAUGGUACAGAAGAGACUCGGGUUUCUGAAUGUCACCAUUGUCACCGCCCUCUGUAUACUGUGUCCAUCUCUGAGUGCCGAUUCGGUGGUCCAGGGAAGAGUCGGGGGUUUUGCCGAGCUGGGUUGCAGCCUGACAAAUCCAUCAGAAGGAGGCACCACCCCAAAUCUCUUCCCUUUACAUGUGGUGGAGUGGGUCCGGCUGGGAUACAACGUCCCCAUUCUCAUUAAAUUCGGCGGUUACACGCCACGAGUGCAUCCGAAAUACAGAGGUCGCGUGUCUCUGACCCGUGGUGCAUCGCUGCUGGUGGAUAAAUUAACUCUGGAUGAUGAAGGCUGGUUUGAAUGUCGGAUUCUUCUGCUGGACAAAACCACCGAUGAGUUCCAGAACGGCACCUGGACCUUCCUUUCCAUCUCAGCUCCUCCAGUGUUCAUAAAGACACCACCUGCUCUUUUGGAGGUCAUGUUGGGUGAAUCUCUCACUCUUCGCUGUGAUGCUCAUGGAAACCCCAAACCCACCAUCACCUGGAGGAAAGAUGAUCGUACUGCAGAGGACUAUGAUGCAGUUCAGCAGGUAUUCAAUGAAACCUUGUCUUUAAGUAAGGUAACAAGAGAAACGGCUGGAAUGUACAAGUGUCAUGUGUCCAACACUGAAGGAAACCUUACCCACACCACCCAGCUACAGGUCAAAGGUCCUCCAGUUAUCAUCAUUGCCCCUGAAGACACCACCAUGAACAUGUCCCAAGAUGCAAUUCUGCAGUGUCAAGCAGAGGCGUAUCCUUCUAACCUCACGUAUGAGUGGUGGAAACAAGAUCAAAAUGUCUAUCACAUCGAAACUUUGAAAUCACGGAUAAAAAUUCAGGUAGACGGGACCCUGCUCAUUUCGGGUCUGAUCCCUGAGGAUUCUGGGAAUUAUACCUGCACACCUUCCAACGGUCUCAUGACUCCACCCUCUGCUUCAGCCUACCUCAAAGUUAAACAUCCCGCACGAGUGAUACGGAUGCCCCGUGAGACGUAUCUCCCCGCGGGGAUGGGAGGAACCAUCACAUGCCCGGUUCAAGCUGAGCCGCCUAUGAUGUAUGUUAACUGGACCAAAGAUGGAGCCUCUUUAGACCUAGAGCAGUAUCCAGGGUGGAUGGUGAACUCUGAGGGUUCUGUGUUUAUAGCCGCAGCCAAUGACGAUGCAGUGGGCGUGUACUCCUGCACAGCCUAUAACAGCUACGGUACGAUGGGCCAAUCAGAACCCACCAAAGUUAUCCUGGAGGACCCACCAUCGUUUCGUGUCUCGCCCCGUGCCGAGUACCUGCAGGAAGUUGGCAGGGAACUGAUGAUACCCUGUCAGUCUCAGGGAGACCCCGCCCCUAACAUCACAUGGAGAAAGGUUGGCCCCGCCCCUCGUUCACCAUUUACGGUCUUAUCCAAUGGCUCUCUGGUCCUGAGUCCGCUCACUAAGGAUCAUCAGGGGGACUGGGAGUGCCUUGCCACCAACCGUGUGGCCACUGGCAGCGUUACAACUACAGUUUUAGUGCUAGGCACAAGUCCACAUGCUGUUACAUCUGUGUCUGUGGAUCCGGGGAUAAAUCAGGUCAACGUGUCCUGGGAGCCGGGCUUUGAUGGAGGUUACACACAGAAAUUCACUGUGUGGGUGAAGGCCACUGUACGAAGGAAACAUGAAUGGGCAUCAAUCCCUGUACCAACGUCUAAAGCUUCAAUGCUGGUGACAGGACUGCAAUCUAACACUAGUUACCAGUUCAGUGUUCUUCCCCAAAACAAACUGGGCUCUGGCCCUUUCAGUGAGAUGGUCACUAUCAGGACACUGGCAGCUCCUGCAGAUGCUCCUCCCACUGGGAUGACCUCCGUUGUAACGUUGCCCCCUCCCACAUCACUGUCAGCCAAUCGAACGUCAGUGGGGAUUAUACUGCAGUGGUUGCCAGCUGCUGAAGUGUCUCCACCAAUCACCGCCAUUGUCCUUCAGGCAAGGCGAGAAAAAGGGGAGUGGCUCAGUCUGUACGAAACGAUCGCUGUCAAUGCGACAGAAUUGAUCGUACAGGGACUGGCGAAGGACUCAAACUAUGAGCUUCGUCUUUUAUCUCGCAGAGACAAGCUGAUCGGUGUGCCCAGUGAAUCGAUUUUCAUCUCCACUAAAGGUAUGGAGAUGUAUCCAGCUCCACCCAAUCUGCUGGCCUCUGUUCCUGAGCCCCUGCUGGCUGGUGUGAUUGGAGGCGUGUGUUUUCUGUUUGUUGCCAUAAUCCUCUCUCUGGUGACAGUUUGUGUUAGGAACAAAAGAAAAGAGCAAAGGCGAAGGAAGAGGAAAGAUGAUAUCCCCCCUGCCUUCCAGAAGAGUCUGUCUCCGCAAGUUGGCUCACCUUCUGACAGCCCGGACAGUGUGCUGAAAUUCAAGUUGUGCCCUCUAAAUUUCUUUCCUAGCUCAUCUUCUUCCGAUCGUUCAAACCGCUCCUCCUUUAAUAAGGGCAGCCGCAGUGAGGACCAGGAUCAGAAAAAGCAGCUUCUUUCCUCACCAUCUCCAACUCCAUGCUACACUCAAUUUGAGAGCCACUUUGGGGGCUCUCCAUCAUCCACAUCUGCCAUUGAAUCCAUAUCCAGAGGUCCUGAUGGCCGCUUUAUUAUUCAACCAUCCCUUAAAAACUCUAGUCCAACUCGCAUCAACAAAAACCUCGAAAAAGAAUUCACACAAUCCCCUGCUAGAGCCCAUAUUGAAGGCAGUAACUGUGGAUCCAACGAAUCAAAUUCUGUAAGUUCGGAGAGGAUUGGACAGAGAGAGAAGUCUUCAGCAUUGACACUGGUUCCUCCAGACCAAGAGAGACCCCCUCAGUCCCCUGGAAGGGUCAAGGCAAUGGCCCGAAACUUAUCCCGCCAUGGCUGCUUUUAUUCAGAUGAUGAACAGGGUUUCUCUGAGGCUUUGCUGGAGGGGGCCAGCUUUUAUUCUGACCCCAGCGAAAAGAGAGUCAGUGACUCACUGAGAAAAUACCGGAGUGUCGGCCAUAAGGAUGACAUAUUCCCAAGCUUAACCAGGAAAGCCCGGGCCUUGGAGAAAGAGAGGCUGUUUUAUCAGGCAGGAUACAAGCCUAUUGGUGGAGACAGCCAGCUUACAGAGCCCAGCACUAUGAUUUCUCAGCUUGAUGGAGAACAAGAGAGAGACAACUUAAGCAAAUGCCUGAGGCUAGUGAAGGAGCGUGAAGAAAUGGAAAGGGAGCUAGAGCACUACACAACCAGCCGAAGGGCACAGGUACAUGAGAAAGAACAGAGGCGGGCUAAAUCGGUAAGCCCUUUAAGAAAAUGGACAGGUGCUGAGUCUGAGGAUCCCAUUUGGAAGCAUCAAAAGAUCCAUUUACGGCAAAAAACACGACCCAGCAGCUUGGCACAACAUGUCCCAGAUUAUAGGAGGGGCUGUUAUUUCGGCAACACCAGCAGUCCUAUGGAGAGGUUACUCCAAUCAUCUCCCUUAUACAUUCAAUGGGACAUAAGUCCUGUGACUUCCCCUACCAGUUUGGUGCCAGUGCAGAGCCUUUCAGAAGGAAACACUCCUCGCUGCCUGUAUCCUCACAGACCUCAUAAAGAUACUCCCAAAGAAGAAGACUCUGUGGAAGCAGACAUCACAUGUUCACCAGCCACCCUGUUCACCUCUCUUUCCCUUCGGCCUUUUAACAGGAAUAGUCUCUCUCCCAUUAGAACUGACCUGAGCAGAGCUCAGACUAGAUGCUCUGAAAGAUCCCUAAAAAGAGACCAAGACCUACCCAACAGGACUUUAGCUGAGGAUGAUUGCAUGCAAGAGAAGAAAAUGGUAACCGAUGUUCCAGCAUGUGGCUCAUCAUCUCCACUGAGUCUUCAACCACCAAAGUUGCACCAUGUAAUGGCAGGGCAAAAUGAAGACCCUAGCCAUGGCCCAUAUUACUCUGACCUUACUGACACGGAGGAUGUAAGAAAUGAACAAAGAGUCAGUCUUAGCCAUACUCCCUCAGGUUGCUCUACAUUGCCUUACGAUCAUCUAAAAGUAGGAGCAAAAAGAAACAUGGUGGUGAAUGAUGAACCCAGCUCCCUGUUGCAAUACAAUGAGCAAGAAAGGGAGGGUAUCAGGGCUCGAUCCCGAAAGAGUGACAAAUGUGUUUUCAGUGAGAGUCGGAUAUCUCCCUUGACCCUGUUUGAAAAUGAGGUUGAAAGUGACAGGUCAAAUUUCUCUAGAAUGUCUGAAACAAUGAAAGUCAAAGUUGCUCCCCAACCAGCCAGGAUGUCCCCCAUCCAAACCAGUAAUAUCCUGGAAUAUUUGAGUCUUCCAGGUUUCAUUGAAAUGAGCGUAGAUGAUCCUGAAGAAGUGACUGAGCCUUCAGAAACCAUUGAGCCCAGUGAACAACCAGAAACAGGGAAACUGUUUGGAGAUGAACCAGAUGUUGUACCCAAAAUUUGGGAUAAACAUGAUGAACACCACACCAACACCAUUAGUCAUCACAAUGCAGAUGUUUAUGAGCCUAGCACCCAAACAAUUCCAAUGGGACAUUCUAAACCUGGUAGUAUUUUAAAUUCUGAACCCUGCACACAAUUACAAGCAGGACAUUCACAUGCUAAAGCAGGCACUUUAGAGGUAAGCCGUAAAGGUUUGUCUUCACAUAAACUGAAUAAAGAAAGUUCUGAGCCUUUACUUUCUCUGAAGACAUUAGGGUCUCCAAGACAGGAAUGUAGUAAACGUAGUCCAGCAGAGACAUUAAUAAACACGGCUAAAAGUAUGGUAGCAAUAGUUUCCAGUCCUAAAUAUGCUGAAAAAAGUUCAGACUCUACAUCUGAACAACCUCACAGACCUCAGGGUGAGAGAAACAGGAUAUCCUCACGGAUAUGUCAAGCUCCCAUGCCUUUAAUGAAGAAGUCACUUAGCAUUGGUCCAUGCCGGACCCUAUCUCAAGUUGGGCAGCCUCGUCCUUUUCUCAAGAAGUCCAUUAGUAUAGGUUUCCCUCGAUGGGAACAUCAUGAAAAUCCAAGACCUUAUAUCUCAGAGACCUGCUACAGAGAUGAGUUUCUACAUCCAAAUGUAAGGGUUAAAUCGUGUAGUUUGGGUCAUACCCCUGCACGUUACUAUCCCAUGUCAGGCCCAUUAUGGCGAGGGCCAGUGCCCUUUCCUCCAAGAUUCAUGGAACCAUCCCUUUCUUCCAGACGGGAGUUAGAUCCACGUCGACAGCCAGCCAUCUUUCCAAACAUCUCCAGGUGGCCUCUGUCCUAUCAGGAGACACUUAGGUCAGUUCAACAUAAGUAUAUCCCUCAAGACCCUCCUCGACCAUUUUGCCCACCCAGACCGGUGGCCAGGGGGAACUAUCUGCAUCCCACAGAACCCAGAAGGGGUCUUCAAAGGCCUUUCCUUCCCAGGGGUUACAGCUGGCCCUCACCAUAUCAAACAGCUUUUCCCCUACGAGAGCAGCACCUUCCAAGAGAGGUCGACAAGGGGGUGAGUGCAGGCAGGGUUUGUACAGAGACAGAGGGCAGGGAUAUAAGGGGCGAAGGGGGUAGAACCAGUUACGCCAGCCAGAGCAGUGGAAGGGGUAGUGUGGGCCCAUAUGGACACCUACGCCAGUCUCUCUCAAUUACGCCAACCUUACUAAGCUCACCAGAGACCACUGAGGAGAGUGAGAGACACAGGGCAGACUCAGACCUUCGAGAGCAGAAAUCCAAAAGAAGAAAUACCUCUGUAGAUGAGAGUUACGAAUGGGAUGCUGUGGAAUACUCUGUGGAUCCCUCUAUCCUGGAGGCCACGAAGAUGGGCUUUGGGGGGGCAGGCAGGGAAUUGAGGGAAGAUCUGCCCCCUUCCACAGCUGGCCUCCAGGACAACCAGAGUAAACGCCUACAUUCCAUCAGCCUUCCCUUAGUAUCCCAGCCUCCACAGCGGCGGUAUAAUCGCUCCCUCAGCGACGCUCGCUUCAAUGCCCUGCGUCAGGAGUUUCAGGAGUACCGCAGAGCCCAGGAAUCCCAAGACCCCUGCAUCCCCCCUGACCCAGACUCCGAUUCCAGUUCUGCACUUCUCUGACAACUUUAGCCCGAGCAUCCUCAAGAAGAUGUAUUAAAGUACAAACCACAGAAAUUCUGAGAGAUCCAAGCAUUCCGACUUAAUAGCAUUGAGACGCUUUGAUGCACAGUCAUCUGCCUAAAGGUCCAUUCACUUCCUAAUGGUUUUGCUAAACUUGAAAUGUUUAUACGGGCUGAAGUUUUGUAUCUGUCAUUUGUUAAUGUUUGUAUUAACCUGUACGUCUUUAAUACUGUCCAGACUACUAGCUAUGAAUACAUGUUGUGUAGGUUUCUAAAAAAGAAACAACCUACACGUUAAGUAUUAAUGUUAUUAUUUGUCAAUGUUAACGGACUCUGGAAAAUAACCAAACCAAAACAACAGCAUAGUUGGCUUUGACAAUCCAAUACAGCAAGCAACAAAACUGUUCAUAUUUCAAACAACUCUAAUAUAUUGUUGACAUAUCUGACAUGUAAAUGAAUACAUGCAGUUCUGUUUACUGUGUUCAUAUUUGAACACAUUCAUUGUUUCUCCUCAUGAAACUAAAUCUGCUCAGUUUUUACUUACCAAAUUCUUACUGUAUAUGAAAGUGAAGUAUUUAAAACAUGGCUGAAACAAAUGAUCUUUACAUUAAUGUACACAGUCGUUCUUGACAAGAUGUGUUCUUUGUGUUGUACAUAUUGUCGAUUUUUAGGUUUCUUUUUCAGAUUUUUAUGAAUGUUUUAAGAAAACAUUUAUCUACAGUAUCUUAUAUUUAAGAUGUCACUGUAAAUUUUUGUAAUACAUGUUUUUCGACAUUUGAGAAAGAAUUAUACAGUUUUGUAAGAAGUGUUUUAUAUCUGUUGCAUUUUUUAUGUUGUUACUCAUUUUUAUAUGAUUGUAAAAUAAAGUGAAGAGUCCGAUGCAAAACGCUUUAAGUGUGUCAGACAUGAUUUCUUGUAAAUUAGUUUUUUUAUCAGGCUCAUACAUUUAGGUUCAGUAAUUUUACUUUAAUGGCAAUUAAAAGGUUAUUGUUCAGUAAUUGAAAUGCCAUAUUUUCACAAAUAGCAUGCAAGUGCAUGCUUUUAUGGCCAAAACCUCUACUUCUUUGGGCAAGACACAGUGAACAAUUGCAAAAUCACUAAAGAUGUAACUAGAAACUUGCAAAUGAUGAAAGUCAGAAUGUAAAAAAUAAAAUAAAAACUUUU